CCAAGCUUCUUUCAGUCUUGAACUUGCUACCCGUGUGAAUUAUAUUUUGACUAACACGAAACUUCCAUUACCUCCUUCUGCGCUCGGGACAGUCGUUAUCUGUGCACCGUUUGGCCACGAAGAAGAUACGCGAGAUCGGAGUAUUUACGCGGGCUUUAUCGCCAGGGAGACUAGCUACAGAAGUGGGGUUGUGUUGUAGGUGCGAGGUCUGAAAACGCAUCUAUCACAGCCGCGUCAUGACUUCGAUUCGUUCUGGCGCGCCACUGGCCAGCACAGCUAACGUUACUGAGCCUCAAGUCGCUCUCCCCCACCAAGAAGGUGAUGACGCUGAUACGCCCUCGAACAUUAGAUCGCACAAGGAAGACAGGUCCACCGCCUCGUGGUCCGAGAGAGAUGCCGAGCUUGGGAUUGAUGGAUUACAGGAGAAAAAUGAGCUACAGGAUUCCGCCGACGAACAGGAUCCUAAUGUAGUUUUCUGGGACGAGCCGAUUGAUCAGGACCCUAACAAUCCAAUCAAUUGGAAAGAGGGAUGGAAGUGGAUGAAUAUUGCGGUGCUGGCGAUAUGUACACUUAUCACACCUCUCGCCUCGAGUAUGUUUGCUCCGGGUGUUCCUCAAAUCAUGCGGGAGUUCAACACCUCCGACCCAAAGCUCGCCACUUUUGUCGUUUCUGUCUAUAUUCUCGGUUUCGCUUUUGGGCCACUCCUAGUCGCGCCCCUGAGUGAAAUGUAUGGAAGGACAGUUUGCUACCAUAGCUGCAAUGUGUUGUUUGUCAUAUUCGCAAUUGGCUGUGCUGUGUCGAACAGCUAUGGCAUGCUCGUGGCGUUCCGUUUCCUUAUGGGUUGCGCCGGAUCUGCACCACUGACUAUCGGUGGAGGUACUAUCGCAGACAUGAUGCCUCCCGAACGCCGUGGGUCAGCUAUGGCUAUCUGGGCCUUGGGGCCCUUGCUUGGACCCGUUAUUGGACCUGUCGCCGGUGGGUUUCUGGUUGAAGGUGCAGGGUGGAGAUGGGUAUUCUGGCUGCUAGCAAUUGUCGGCGGUGUCUUUACAGUGCUUGCAUUUCUCUUGCUCCGUGAAUCCUAUGCUCCUGUCUUGAUCGGACGCAAGGUAGCUCGCCUUCGGAAAGAGACCGGAAAUAUGAAUCUACGCAGUAAGCUUGACAACGGACUGACUUCCAAAGAACUGCUCAAGCGUGCUCUUGUGCGCCCAACCAAGAUGCUCUUCCUCUCACCCAUCGUGUUCCUCCUUUCGCUCUACAUGGCCGUUGCCUACGCCAUCCUCUACCUCCUCUUCACCACAUUCACAUUCGUAUUUGAGCGGAGCUACGGCUUCAGUCCCGGCAACGUCGGCUUAACCUAUAUCCCCAUUGGUAUCGGCAUGAUUAUCGGCUUAGCAGUUCUAGGAACACUCAGCGAUCGUCAUAUCAAAGCGCUAAUAGCCCAUGGCGUGACACUUCAACCGGAGCACCGGCUACCUUAUCUCUUGACUAUCCCAGGGGGUUUUUGCAUCCCCCUUGGUAUGUUCAUAUAUGGCUGGACGGCGCAAUAUCAGGUCCAUUGGGCAGUACCGUUGCUUGGCACUAUUUUCGUGGGCAUUGGACUGAUCAGUUGCAUGAUGUCUAUUAACACAUACAUGAUUGAUGCGUUCACGCUUCACGCUGCCUCCGCCAUGGCUGCCAAUACCGUGCUGCGAUCUCUAGCCGGUGCGCUACUGCCGUUGGGUGGCCUGCAAAUGUACAAUGCUCUAGGAUUGGGUUGGGGAAAUAGUUUGAUGGGUUUCAUUGCGCUUGCCCUCGUACCAGUGCCGGCGGUAUUCAAGAUCUACGGGCCGUGGUUGAGAAAUAGGUUCUGGGUCGAGUUUUAGAGGGCCAGAGGAUCAGUGUAAACAAGUGACACUUGCAUUACGUUGCAUUGCAGGCGUUGGGGCAUACCGAGCGUGUCGAGAAAUCCACUGUAGACUUUAUGUAAUCAUGAUUGAUGGGUGAA